AUGAGCGUUGCUAUGAUACCGAGCCACGAAAAUCUCGUAGCCAAUCAGAGCGCGCGUUGGUUCGAGCAGGCCAUAAAAGUUGCUGUUCCUGACGUCACUGCGCUUGCGAACCAACUCGUCAGUCACGCAACGCAAACAUUUAGGUACCUAUUGGAGAAAGUUCUUAAACUUCAUCAAAAGUACGCUGAAAAUCCCAAUUCGGAAACGGCCAAAGCCAAGUUCAAGUCCAAAUCCGAUGAGUGCGAAAGAGAUAGGAAUCAUGCUAUUUCGCCAAUAAUCCAAGUUCUGCUUACUUUACGGUAUUAUGCAACUGGUUCACAUUUGAUUGCUGCAGGAGACUUCUCGGGUGUCAGCAAAUCUAGUGCCCAUAGAAUAGUUCAUAGAGUCACAGCAGCUAUUGCUAGAUUAGCUCCAGAUGUGAUAAAACUUCCUGCUUCACCACAAGAAAUAUCAGCAACUCAAAUAGAUUUUUAUGCUAUAGCUCGAUUUCCUAGAGUUAUUGCAGCAUUAGAUUGUACACAUAUUAAAGUACAAUCUUUUGGAGGUAAUGAAGCAGAAAUUUUCAGAAACAGAAAAGGUUAUUUUUCCAUAAAUGUGCAAGCUACUUGUGACGCAAAUUUAAAAUUUUCAAAUAUUGUUGCUCGUUGGCCUGGAAGUGCUCAUGAUGCAACAAUACUCAACAAUUCAAGAUUACGUGGCUGUGCAGAAGCUGGAGAGUUUGGUGAUGGAAUUAUCUUGGCAGAUGGUGGUUAUAAUAUGAGAUCAUACCUCUUAACUCCACUUUCAAAUCCUGCAACUCCAGCUCAAAAUUUAUACAAUGAAUCACAAAUCAGAACAAGAAAUACAAUUGAGCGAGCAUUUGGAGUAUGGAAACGUAGAUUUCCAUGUUUAGCUAUAGGCAUGCGUUUCACAAUAGAUCAUGUACUUCCAGUAAUAGUAGCUACUGCAGUUUUGCAUAAUUUGGCACGAAUAACUGGGGAAGAACAGCCCCCUGAUGAUCCGGAUUUAAACAUAAACUGGGAUGAAAUUUUAAAUGCAGAUCUUUACAAUAGAGUAAACUUGGGAGCAGGCGAAGACCUCACGCUUCGACUUCUUUUACAGUAUUUUGAAAGUCUUGUAGGUUGA